AUGGAUACCUGGGCUAAUCUCCGUACUCAAAAAAGACUCGCCGCCUCUGUCGUUGGUGUUGGUAAGAGAAAGAUCUGGUUGGAUCCUAACGAGACCACUGAAUUGGCCCAGGCUAACUCCCGUGCUGCCAUCAGAAGAUUGUACAGAAACGGUACCAUCGUCAAGAAGCCAGUUACCGUCCACUCUAGAUCUCACGCCAGAGCUUUGGCUGAGUCCAAGCGUGCUGGUCGCCACACCGGUUUCGGUAAGAGAAAGGGUACCAGAGACGCCCGUAUGUCCGCUCAGGUCAUUUGGAUGAGAAGAUUGCGUGUCUUGAGAAAGUUGUUGGUCAAGUACAGAGCCGCCGGUAAGAUCGACUCUCACUUGUACCACAACUUGUACAAGUCUGCCAAGGGUAACGCCUUCAAGCACAAGCGUGCUUUGGUUGAACACAUCAUCCAGGCCAAGGCCGAGGCUGCCCGUGAAAAGGCCCUUAAGGACGAAUCUGACGCCAGAAGAUUGAGAAACAAGGCUGCCAGAGAAAGAAGAGCCAUCAGAGUUGCUGAAAAGAGAGAUGCUUUGUUCAAGGACGAAUAAAUUUCUUUUUAAUGUAAUAUUCUUUUCUUAUAUGGUAUAUGGG